AUGCGGCAAAUAAACCUCGGCCCCGGCCUUGGACAGGCCACAGUGAAGGUCGCGCGCGACCAGAAAGGAGCCCCAGACCUCCCUCAAGUCGUUCUCCGUCUCGCCAUCAGGAAUUAUGGAGAGGUCGUGCGCCAGGUACAAGGAAUACGGUCGAGCGAGGGACACCCGGAACUGCGACUCGGUCCUCUCGGUCAGCUCAUAGAAAAACUUGUAGCAGAAGGUCGAGGCAUUGUGCUUCUUGGGGGCCCGGGCGAAUGCAUUGGCCAACAGCUCGGUCUUGGCGACGCUUACCGCACCCCUCAGCUCUUGGAAGUAUGCCUGCAGCUAGAACUGGAAGGCCCACAGUGGACCACCGUGCUUCGGCUUCAUCCCAUCGAUAACCAAAUCGUGAAGCGUGCGGUAGAUGUGACCGAGGAGGAAUGA